AUGAUUUUCACAAGUAAAUUAUUUGCCUUGUCUGUACUUUUCUGUAUAGGUCUGGCUAGUCCUGUUUCACGCAGAGACGCAGCUCAAUCUGUUGGUUCUGUUACUUCUAGCACAGUGGAAAGUGCUCCUACUGUUGAUACAACAAACGGUACAUAUGUUGGUACAUACUUAGAAUGUUUUGAUCAAGAUAUAUUUCUAGGCAUGAGAUAUGCCCAAUCACCACUUGGAUCGUUGAGAUUUGUUAAUCCUCAACCAGUUAAUGAAACUUUUUCUGAAGUUAGAGAAGCAAAAGAAUACCUUCCAUCAUGUAUGAACUUAGGUGAUUCUGAAGGUGGUGAUAAUUGGGGUUUGGAACAAUCUGAAGAUUGUCUUGGUAUUAAUGUCAUUCGUCCAGCCAAUACAACUGGGCCGUUACCUGUGUUGAUUUAUAUUUAUGGAGGUGGUUUUUACCAAGGAGCCAGUUCUGUUGAUGCUUAUAACUUAAGUUACAUUGUCCAAGAGAGUGUUGAAAUGGGUAAGCCCAUGAUCGGUGUAAGUUUCAACUAUAGACUUUCUGGUUUCGGAUUUCUUGGUGGAGAAGAAGUCGUUAAGAGAGGUUACACAAAUGUCGGUUUAAGAGACCAACUUUUGGCUAUCGAAUGGGUGCAAGAAAACAUUGAUGAAUUCGGUGGUGAUCCAAACCAUAUUGUUUUGUGGGGAGAAAGUGCUGGUGCAAUUUCUAUUUCAUUACAAUUAGGCUCUGGAAGACUCAACUCAUCCCAUAUUAGAGGUGCAAUUAUGGACUCUGGAUUUGUAGCCGGCAAUGGUAUAGGUGUUGCAACCAGUGAUGUAUCCACUGAGGGCUAUAAAAAUAUAACGGCUUACCUUGGAUGUGAUAAAGCAGAAGAUGCAUUUGCCUGUCUCCAAAACUAUGAAAAUGUCACUGAGCUCAUUGAGGCUUUUGAUCCAGAUUUUGGUAUUAUUAGUGACGACGUCUUUGGUCAUGUUACGAUCGAUUAUGACUAUGUUCCAACUGUUCCAAGUGAAAUGUUUGUUAACAAUAACUUUACUGAAGUUCCAAUUAUUAUUGGUGCUAAUAGUGAUGAAGGUACUGCAUUUGUUAGUAGCACUGUCGAUAAUGAAAAUAUCAAAGAAUAUUUAGCUGCAAAGUAUACUCAUCUUUCUGAAUCUCAACUCGAUACUAUUCUAGAUCUUUACAAAGAUAACAAUCCAGAGUUCCAACCGCCAUAUCAACCACCAUUCCCUGUUUCAUUUGAAGGGUAUGGACUGGGAUUCCGUAGAGCAGCCUCAAUUGUUGGUGACCUUAGGUAUAUUGGACCAAAGAGGCAUGCUGCCAAGAACUGGGUCUCUAAAAAUUUAACUGCUUAUACAUACAGAUGGAACUUAUUCUUGAACGAUACCGCUGAGCAACUUGGUGCAACUCAUGCCCAAGAAUUACGUUGGAAUUUUGACAAUGAUCAAACAUCCUUCCUGUCUCUUUCUCCUCAACAACAAAAUCAAACUUUGGUCUCUUUAUUCAAUCGAGAUGGUCUUUAUAGAAAUCAUCAAGGUGAAGCUGUAACAAUGGCUGAAAUUAUCAGUAAGCAAUGGAUUUCUUUCAUCACUACAUUGAAUCCAAAUAACCAUGAUAUUUAUGGAAUUCCUCAUUGGCCAAGUUACGGUAGUCUAUACGAGCCGAAUAAGAAUUAUGUCUACGAUUGGAGAAGUAUCUCUACUGAAGUUGAUAACUUCAGAGAAGAGGCUAUAAAUUACGUGUCGACUCUUUUUGAGGAUCUUUUUAUCGCAUACUAA